AUGCAUUUGCCUUUCAACAAGUUCUGGGAGCGAGAUCGCACGGAAUUCCCUGGAGUCGUCGUAUCCCUUUCGACUAGCCCUGCGCAACCCCAGCCCGAUCCUACUAACGAGAAGAAUGGCCAUCCCGAGGACAAAAGUAUCGAUAAGGCAUCUACUGACUCUGAAAAGGGCAUCCGCGCUGUUCCCCUGCCUGACUCAGGUCCUAUGACUCUGGAGUCUCUCAGGGCCCAGAUAUUGUCAGAGUUGGAUGCCGACAGUAAAAACACCCCCUAUGACAUCAAAUCAAAAGUAAUCAACAGAGCAAUUCAAGACAUCGGUAUGGGCCGAUAUCAGUGGGAGCUGUUUGUACUAUGUGGCUUUGGGUGGUUAGCGGACAAUCUCUGGCUCCAGGGUGUUGCCCUAACUCUGACUCAAGUCGCCAUCGAAUUCGGCGUCUCCCAGACCCGUGUCCGAUUCACGACAUGUGCUCUUUUCCUGGGUCUCUGUCUCGGUGCUUCAUUCUGGGGAAUAGUCUCAGAUGUUGUCGGACGUCGUCUGGCGUUCAACACCACUCUGUUCCUGGCCGGUGUAUUUGGAAUCGCAGCUGGAGCCGGCCCGACAUGGGUUGGUGUUUCCGGUCUGUUUGCCUGUCUUGGUCUUGGUGUUGGCGGAAAUCUGCCCGUUGAUGGCGCUCUUUUCCUCGAGUAUCUGCCCUUCGCAUCUGCGAAUAUGUUGACAAUGCUCAGUGUGUGGUGGCCUGUCGGGCAACUUAUUUCCAGUCUCCUGGCCUGGGCCUACAUUCCCAACUUUUCUUGCUCCGCUGACCUUCCGUCCUGCCACAAAGUAGCCGACGGGGUUGCCUGCUGCAGGAAGGAGGACAACAUGGGUUGGCGGUAUUUCACAUAUACCCUGGGCGCUCUGACAUUUUUAAUGUGGAUGUGCCGGUUCUUCAUCUUCCAUCUCUACGAGUCUCCCAAGUUCCUGCUAGCAAGGGGCAGACAGGAGGAGGCCGUUGCUACGGUCCAGGGUAUUGCGUACACGAACAAGACCCAGACUUGGUUGACCGUCGAAGUCCUUGACGAGAUCGGCGGCUAUCCUGAGGAAGGGACCAGUCAGUCACUGAGUAUCAAGGAAAUUAUUGAGAGGAAUUUGUCAAAAUUCUCGUUCCAGAGAAUUGCACCGCUCUUCGAGACAAAGAGACUUGCGAUUACAACAAUCCUCCUCUGGAUCUGCUGGUCCACGAUCGGAAUGGGUUAUCCCCUCUUCAACGCUUUCCUCCCUCAGUACAUCUCCGAAUCGGCCUCCACUAACAUCACCUACCGCAACUACGCUAUCACCUCUGCAGUCGGGGUCCCGGGCUCCAUCCUCGCCUGCUGGACCGUCGAAAUCAAAUACGUCGGCCGAAAGGGCACCAUGGCCAUUGCCACCGUCAUCACGGGUGUUCUUCUCUUCUGCUUCACGGUCAACACCGAUCCCAACGUCCAACUCGUCUGCAGUUCUCUCGAGGCCUUCUUCCAGAAUAUCAUGUAUGGCGUGCUCUACGCCUACACACCCGAAGUCUUCCCCGCGCCUGUCCGUGGCACGGGGACGGGUGUGUCUAGUUUCUUCAACCGUCUCUGCGGACUUUGUGCGCCCCUUGUCGCGAUUUACGGGGGUGAUUCUGAUCCCAAGGCUCCUAUUUACGCGUCGGGUGGGUUGAUGCUUGCUGCUUUUGUGACAAUGUUGUUGUUGCCUAUUGAGACGAGGGGAAGGCAGAGUAUGUAAAUUGCAUGUAGACUGGACGCAUGCAUGUAUGCACCUCGUAUGUAUGUGGGUGUCCUUUGGAUAUCCAGGAGGAUUAGGGAUGUACCUUUCUUGGUUAUAUCUAUACUAUACCCUUUUGGUGUUUUGUUUAUACAAAUGCCUUCAUGGCCUUGCCAUGUCAUGUCAUGUCAUGUAUUGACGCUUUUGAUAAUAACAAAAAAGAAAUAUAGCUUGCUUUGGUUACUCUCUUUGUUGCUUCUUAUACCCUUGCUUGAUAUGUACAUACAUGUCUGGGAUAGGUAACUGGGAAUAUUUGUUAGGAUGUUCUAUAGUCUGAGAGGAGUGAGUGUACUGAUCCAAG